AUGGAGUGUUAUCGCCAACUUUUACUAGCGCUGAGCUUUGGAGCUUUCACCAUUAUACAUUUUGUUCAAGCUCAGCCUGAUCAAAAAGGAUUCAUCAGUUUAGAUUGUGGUUUACCUCCUAAUCAGUCUCCUUAUACCGACCCAAAGACCGGAUUAAUAUUUUCAUCUGAUGCUGAUUUCAUCUUAAGUGGUUUACGCGGUGAAGCUGGGGAUGACAGAACCUAUACCUACAGACAGUACAAGGAUCUGAGAUAUUUUCCUGAUGGAAUACGAAAUUGCUAUGAUCUGAAAGUAGACCAAGGCAUCAACUAUCUAAUAAGAGCUGGGUUCGGAUAUGGAAAUUAUGAUGGUCUUAAUGUAUAUCCCAAAUUUGAUUUACAUGUGGGGCCUAACAUGUGGAUCACGGUGAAUUUGGAAUUCGGUAAUGAUCGAGAGAUCAUUUAUAUGUCAAAAUCAAAUUUAUUGCAGAUUUGUCUUGUCAAGACAGGAGAAACUAUACCAAUGAUAUCAACUUUGGAAGUAAGGCCAUUAAGAAAUGAUUCUUAUAAUACGCGUUUGGGUCCCUUGAACCUCAUUUACAGGCGGCACUACACUAGCAAUUCUAGCGGUUAUAUACGGUAUGUGAACUCAGUCAGCUUUAGCAAUUCUAUUUACCAAAACAAAUAA